AUGAAGGGCCUUUUUGCCGUCCUUGCUGCGGCCGCCGUCGGUCCGGCCUUCGUUUCUGCGCAAUCUCGCACACAUUGCGUCUGCCAGAAAGGACCCCAGUCUCCCAACGCUGGACCUCUCCAUGCCAACAAUGAUGCGACCGAAGCAGCCUGCAAAAAAUGGGGAGGGGAAGCAUUUACCGAACACUUCCCCCCCUACACUCAGGACGAUACCACGGAGCUUUGCACCGACAACAGCUGCAUCGAUCAGCCCACUUUUGUGCGGUACUGCAGACUAUAUGGCGCCUAUGGUCCUCCAAAUUGCUGGGGUUCCGACUGCAACCCCAACUAA